AAACGAGCCGUACACACUCACGAUCCUUCGUUCUCCGUAAGCGGCCGCCAGAAAGCUGCUGCUUCGUCGCCGGCCAUAACCAUGCCUGUCGUGCUGUACAACCUAGUCGGCAGUCCACCCUGUGGCUUCAUCCGCUGCUUGGCCAAACAUAUCGGCGUCGAGCUGAACCUCAAGGACCUCAAUUUAGCCAAAGGAGAACACCGCACUGAAGAGUUCCUCAAGGUAAACCCUUUCCACAAGGUGCCGGCAAUUGACGACGAUGGCUUCGUUGUCUACGAGAGCAACGCCAUCGCCUACUACCUGCUUCGGAAGUAUGCGCCUGAGUCAGACUUGUACCCCACCUGCAUCAAGACGCGUACACGCAUCGACCAGGUGCUUGCAGCCGCCAGCAGCAACAUACACCCGCAGCUGGGGGCAUUUUUCCGACCACGAUACUUUCAGGGUACCAAACCAAGCUCAGAGGAGAUGAAAGCCUUCGAAGAAAACGUACUGAAGAACCUUGAGAACAUCGUAGGAGACAGCAAGUUCGCCGUGGGCGACAAGCUCACUGCUGCUGACCUCUGCCUAAUAGGCCACGUCACCGUCGGUCUAGAGUGUCCUUGUGUCGACCGAGUGAAAUACCCGAAGCUUUCAGCCUACUACGAACGUGUGAAGAGUGUGCUUCCCUAUUACGAGGAGAUCUUCGGGCCGUUCACUGUUCAAGCCAAACACCUCUGGGAAAAGCUGAAGUAGCCGCUAUUCAUCUCUCCUCGAUCCGCAAGUAAUGAGAGAGAGUACGAAUUUGAAAGGUAGGGAGGUUAGUGGCAAGAUAGGUUUGUGGUUUGCUACCCUACACUGGGAGAAGGACAAGGGAAACACUAACCUUUUAAAAAUGGCGGAAUAAAGCUUUCUUA